AUGCUCUCGUCCCGUGCACGGCUCGCGGCCAGAGAGAGCGCCAAGGACGGGUCGCUCGCCCGCCCGGGGUACCUCGCGCAGCUCGUGGCCGAGUGCACUGAUGCAGCAACGACCCCCGACGCCAAGCUCCAGUGCGUGGCCCACCUCGCCAACUUUGGCUACGACCCGAUCAACUAUAUGCAUCUGCUGCGCUUGAACGUCCUCGACCUGUUUGUGGAUGUGCUGGACGAGGCCCUGCAAUCGCCCAAGGCAACCGAGAUGACGACGUCGUUUGCACGCUUGGCGAUGCAAGGAAUCUGCAACGUGGCGGCCGACCCCAGGUUCCAGGUGCUGCUCAUGCAGAACGAUGCACUGCCGUUGCUCGCCGCCGCGAUCCAAGUCGAGGACAGGGCCACCCGCGUGUCAGGUCUCACGACGCUCUUCUUCCUCCUCGACGCACCGCCCAACGUCGUGCCCGAGGCGGCGCUGCGCAAGGACGCAUCCAUCCAUGCGAUCGUCGCGGUCGCGGCUCAGUCGACCGAGACGGUUGUGGCCAACACGGCGCAGGCCUUUCUCUCGCGAUGUGCCGAGGUGGCGGUCGAGGACGAUGCCACCGACGAGUCUACCAUGGCGCGAUAGCAACAUGCAAGUG